AUGGAAAGCUCAAAAAGUAUUCUGAAAAUUCUUGGUGAAAAAUAUUUGACGGAUUUUUUCUUCAGGCAUUUUUCUUUUACAUUUUCUGUUUCAACUUUAUUAUUAAUGGUUGAGCAUUUUCCGCAUAAACAAAAUUAUUACUCGUCUCGAAUAACGAAAAAUGAUUUUGGGUGUGAGACAACUGAACAAACUGUGACUGUAAAUGUUUUCUUCCCAGAUAACUGA